AUGUCUCCGAUCCUAAAACAGCUGUUUGUUGCUGCAUCUCCGCAGCUGGCAGCGAUAUCAGCUGGAGGUCUGAUCGGUUUUCCAAGUGUCCUUCUCCAGCAGUUCAAAAGCAACGAGAGCUCGAUACACGUGGAUGUACAUAGUGCGUCAUGGAUUGCAUCCAUACAUGGUUUGGCUGGAAUCCCAAGUCUUUUUAUACCCUACAUAAUGCAGCAUCGAGGCAGGAAAUUUGGCUUCCACACGUGUUGCCUACUCGUCAUCCUUGGUUGGACAAUAAUCUACUUCGCCAGGACUGCAGCUACUAUUAUCGUCGGGGAAUCCUUUCAAGGUCUCGGCGCGAAAAGUCUUCUAGUCGUUAGCUACCUGACUAUUAGUGAAAUGGUGCAUCCAAAGUAUAGGAACAUUCUUAUGCUGUUUUAUAGUAUUAACCAAACAUUAGGAGUGACUCUGGUCCACGCUCUGGGCAGAUUUCUGCAUUGGAAAAUGAUCAGUGCCAUUAUGAUGGUACCUGUCGUUGUUGCGUUCCUGCUAAGUUGUACUUGGCCAGAGUCACCCGCUUGGUUAGCGCUCAAAGGGAGACUCGAAGAAUGCAAGAAAUCUUUUCUAUGGCUCCGGGGAACUGACGAUGAUGCCAUUUCAGAAAUGAACGAGAUCCUAAACUCAUACACAUCACACGUCAAGGAGAAGCCAAAGAAGUUCAAAGAGGUGGCAAGAGAGUUUUGGACAUCAAUCACCAGUAAGGACUUUUACUUGCCAAGUUUGUACAUGUUCGUUCUACUAUCUGUCUAUUACUGCAGUGGAAAUUUAGUGUUCCUGGUGUAUGCUAUGAACAUGAUUGAGAACGUCACUAAGGAUGAGAAUUCGGCAUUUAUAGGCAUGAUCGUGAUGGACUGUGUCACGUUGCUAGGCAACAGCGUUGCGUACGUGUUCUUCAAGCGUUAUAAUAACAAACCCAUACUUUUAUGUAGCGGCAUUGGUAGUGCAGUAUUCCUGCUGGCAUCAUCCAUCGUUUCAUAUUUGCAAUACCUCGAGGUGGUGCGCGAGGAUUCAUUGUUAUGCCUCUACUUCCUAGUCGGUUUCAUGAUAGCAUCCAGUUUGGGUAUCUACACCACGCCGUACGUCAUGUCCGCAGAAAUAAUUCCGGUCCGUUAUAGAGGUAUCGGCGGUUCUCUAAUGGUCAUAAUUAUUUGUGCUUCCUACAGCUUCACUCUUAAAAUAGCGCCGUACCUCGUCCUGUAUUUGAAAUUAUACGGCACCUUUCUUUUGUACACUCUGAUGUUAAGUUUGUGUUUGUUUUGGGUUUGGUGGUAUGUACCAGAAACUAAGAACAAGACUUUGCAAUGUAUAGAAGGGAGUUAUGUAAAACGAGUUCCUGUGAUAGAACCCGCUAGCCAGUUGCCCAAUUUGAAUGUUAGAUUGGUAUUGAUAGAAAAACCGCAAGACUCAAAUGAAGUCGUACAUACAAUAGUGCCGAAUGAAGUUAUUGAAAAUUUGCUAGAACAUAAGGAAUCUAUAACUUAA